UCGACACUGAAAUAUGGCUUCUGAAUCCCGCAACAGCCACGAAGACUCUGCUGUUCCUCAAAAGGACAGCGAUCAGAUUCAAACACCACCCCCCAAAUUCGUAGUUGUCAAGGUUUUCGAUUCUAAAAGAGAACUGACAUUGCAUCGCCUCUCUUCCUCAACUCCUUUCACAUGUGGUCGUUGCAACAAAGACAAGACAGCGAAACUUGUGGCUACAUACCGAAACCAUUGGAACGACCUUCGCUGCAAUGCUUGUUAUGGCGAGCUUCUCUUAAAAGAUUAAGAGUCUGUCACCUGGACAGGAUCGGUCGGAGUGAGGGAGAGAGAACGGGGCUCAUACUAGGAUGGAGACUACUGGCAGGAGGUGGAACACUCCUCGAGAUGCAGCCACUGAUUUGAGUGAACCAUAACUCCAUCUUUUAUAGUUGAUAGCGAAUCUCUUGUCGCUAAACAUUUAGUUAAGCAUUUUAAGCGG